UUACAAGAUAAAAUACAUACACUUAAAAUAUUUAUUAUUGUUUAUAAAGUACUUUAGAAAAUAUGAAGAAACUCUGCGAUAGGGGUUAAGUGGACGGUUAUUGGUUGGCAAAUUUCCCAAUCGAAAUGCUCUUAAGUGCAAGGUUAAUGAUUUUUGUUUCUGUACCUGAAACCCACUUGCUACUGGAGUAUCAGAAUUUGUAACAUAAACUGCACAAAGUACAUAAAUAACAAAAAUGUUAAAUCUCAGUUCUCAGUGAUACUCAAGUUUUGAAAGUUAUGAUAACUUUGGAAUAUUUACUUAUUGGUUAAAAAUUAUCAAAACAUAAUAAUUUGGAAAAAAUCGCAAAAUGGCAGAUCAAAUAGACAAUCAACCCAGUCAAGUUUCACGAAGACCCGGCCCAAAGUCAAUGGAUUUUUCACAAGCAAGUAAUUCUACUUUUUCUUUUCGUUCCUUAUCAUGUACUGACAAAGUAGGUGUAGCUUCAGCUUCUAAUCGUCCAAAAAUGAGUUUACCUCCUGUUGCGAAGACUAAGGAACCUCCAAUAGUUAUACGCGAAACCAAGUUAAAGACUUCUAUGACAUCAGUGGGAAAACUUCAAAUAAAGGGCCUGAGUUAUGACUUUACUUCUGAAGACCUCCAAGAUUUGGGAGAGAUUGGUAGAGGCGGAUUUGGUACAGUAAACAAAAUGAUUCACAGGGCAACAGGGACUGUUGUAGCUGUCAAGCGAAUUAGGUCAACUGUAGAUGAAAAGGAACAGAAACAGUUGUUGAUGGAUUUGGAUGUUAUUAUGAAAAGUAGCGAAAAUAAAUAUAUUGUUCAGUUUUAUGGAGCUCUUUUUAAAGAGGGAGACUGCUGGAUAUGCAUGGAAUUGAUGGAUACGUGUCUAGAUAAAUUUUACAAAUUCAUUUAUGAGAGAUUGAAAGCGAGAAUUCCGGAACCUAUUCUUGCUAAAAUAGCCCUAGCUACUGUAAAUGCAUUGAACUAUCUUAAAGAAGAACUGAAAAUCAUCCAUAGGGAUGUAAAACCAAGCAAUAUACUCUUAGAUAAGGGUGGUAAUAUUAAACUCUGUGAUUUCGGUAUUUCUGGACAGUUGGUGGACUCCAUUGCCAGAACCAAGGAUGCUGGAUGUCGGCCAUAUAUGGCACCCGAAAGAAUUGACCCUCAAACUGCCAAGGGAUACGACGUAAGGAGUGAUGUCUGGUCAUUAGGGAUAACUUUGAUGGAAGUAGCAACAGGUCAUUUUCCCUACAAAAAAUGGUCGAGCGUUUUUGAUCAACUACAUGAAGUUGUUAAUGGAGAUCCGCCAAGAUUGUCUACUAGUCAUAAUGCCAAUACCUUCACUGCAGAGUUUGUUGAUUUUGUUAAUACAUGUUUGAUAAAACAGGAAAAUCAAAGACCCAAAUACAAACAACUCCUUCAAGAUCCAUUCAUACUUAGAGCCCAAAAAGAAGAAGUAGAUGUAGCAGCUUACGUAACAGAAAUAAUGGACGAAAUGGCAAACAAUGGUAUCAGCGCGUUCACGACAAAUCUGCAAUGAAAUCUUUGUUGACUCUGCAUUUUUACAUGAAAUGAAUGAAAGGAAGGUACUGUCUUACAGCCUAGAGAAACCUCAUUAAAUUUAGACUUAACUUCACAUUUACAGAUCCACCAAGAACACCAAAAGUUAGCUUAAUUGUUCUUUUUUUGUUUCGUUAUUUGUGUAUUUCUUUUGUGAAAGAAAUUGUGAAAUGGAAUCAUAUAGAGCAGAACAUCAUCUGUACAUUUUCUGGAUCUGUUCCAGAUUAUUUAUUCAAAAGUAUCAGUCCACCUCAAUAUUACAAUUCACGUUUCAAUAUUCUUAGUGUGAAAAUAAACUUCAUUAUAUUUAUAUUCGUUGACAUUCGGUGACAAGUGACACUGACAAAUAGUGACCUGUCAAUUGUCACGUAUGUCAAACUGAUUGUCAUGAAUCCUGUGGACUGUUACAUACUGGAUCUCGAUCGGGAUUUUAAUUUUUUUUUAAAAAGAGAAAACAUUUUAUGAUGCAAUUUUCCUUUGUGCUUUUAAUAAUUAAGGAAUUUAUUUUCUAUAGGAUGUGUACCACUUAGGGACAAAAGGAUAUUUUAAAACGUUAAGUACUAGGUUGAAUGGGAUAAUAAUUGUUGUCUAUAGAAUUAACCUCUUCUGUUGUGCAGACAUAAUUCAGUGAUACAGGACUGUUUUCGAUUAUUUCAGUUACAAAUAAAACAACUCGAAGACGGUCCUGUAUAUGUUUGAUCUGUUGACACCUUAUUGUUGGAAACUUUAUUUUAUUUAUCCAUUUAAUUUAAUUGGGGUAAAAAUUAUAUAUUUCAUAAAACAAAAGAACAAAGAAAUUCCAAAUGAAUACGACAGUACUUUUUAUUAAAAAUAGUAAAUGUUACUAGUUUCUGCUAACUCGCCAUUUAUAAGCAAUAUUUAGAAAAUUAAAGAAAUUAGCUAUCAAAAAUACAAAUAAAACUGUAAUGUUGUGGUAAAAAAUUAUUUUAUAAAGAUGAAGAGUAAUAGUGAAAAACAAGUGUGUGAUUAAUUAUGAGCAACUAUUUAAAUGAAAUGGUGAUUAAAUGCAUUCAAAACUGUGACUAUUUAAGUAUGAAAUAAGUAUUGUAAUUGCUUUUAAAUUGUCAACCUGUUACAUUUGCGAAUUUUUUUAUUACACACCUGAUAGCCAGUUAGCCGAAAGUAGUAGCAUUUUCAGUUAUUAAUAAAAAAAAAACUAUUUUUAUAUGAUAUUGACUUGAAGUUUUUUUUUUAUUCUUUUGACUAAUUCGUUUUGCGACUAUGGAUAAUCUUUCGUACUAGUUCAUAAAAAGCAAAGCAAUUAAUCGGAAAAUUUAAUCUCAAUAUGUUUUCUUUUUUUUUUUUAAAUUUGAAUAAUCCAAAUUUGUUAUGUACUGAAGAACGCCCCAUUAAAAUAAGAAGUUAAUGAGGUUUUUAAAUUUUUCUGUUUUUUCACUUUAAAUAUAGUUAUUCAGACAUCUCAGGUGAUGCAAAAUAGUAAAAAAAAAAAUCCUGUUAGAAUUAUUGAUUAGGUAGACGAUUUUCAAAUGGGUUAGUAACACCGUAAUCAUAAAAUGUUGAUUAAAAAAAAACUUGCCAUUUUAGAAUAUUUACGUCAUGCGGGGUGAUACAAAAUCUACAUUUCCGAACUCUGGGGGCCAAGCAUAUCUUCAUUUAUAAUCUGUAUUGAUAUGAAAAAGCCGAACAUGGGGUUGAAUAUACAAGUCACAAAUAUCCUGAACUAUUUUGGAAUUAUUUAGAAAAAAACUAUUUUUCGGGACCACCCCCAGUUUAAUUAUUUUAAAUGUGGAUCUAUUACUUAAACUGAAGAAGAUACUAAAUAUUCAUAUAAUUGGAGCUGUAAUAAUGCAUAACAAUUUUAAAUCCAAUUUAUGUAAAAAAAAUGUCAAAAAAGGUCUUUAGUUUUCUAAGAUAACAUACUAAGAUUAAGUCAGAGAAAAUAAGAAAAAAACCUAAAUAAUUAAGACAUUAAUACAGUGGUUUAAUACAAGAAUUUUAAUCAGCAUCUCAAAGUAAGAAGGUAUUUUUUCUGGUUUAUUUUGAAGUUAUUUGGAGAAAGUUAGGCAUUAAGAAGAUUAUUUUCAGAUUUUGGCACGUUGUAUGAGAAUGCUGGUUUAAAUAUUUCUUUACGAAGAUGGCAUUUGCUUUCAUACAUUUUUGUUGUAGACAUCAGUACAAUAUUAUGGAUAUUAAGACAUUUUAAAUUUUUAAGUUUAUAUUAUCUAAAAUUCGAUUCUUAUAAAGUAAAAUGUUCAACAGGAAAAGUACUGGAAAUGAAGGAAGUUAAUCUGAAAACACCCUUAAAAGGCAGGAAGUUAUCCAAUCAACAUUUGUUGUCUACCCUUGGUCCUAAAUGAAGCUUUUUUAUCACCCCGUAUGGUCGAUAGAGCGCCGAUCUUAAAACAUUGUUAUGAAUACACUUAGUGCAAUAAUACAAAUUGAUAAAAAAAUAUUCCUAGUUAUUAGAAAAAAAUUGCGGAAAAUAACUUUUACUUUUUUUUCAUUUUUUAGAGAAACUAGUAAAUUUAAAAUUUUGUUUUGUGUAUUUUAAGGCAUCAUAUUUAUUACUAGGUCAACCCUUUAAGUAUAUAAAGAAAGGAGUAAUAUGAUACACCAACAAACCAAGUCCAUUUUGUACAUAGUAGUAAUAAAUUUAUGUUUAAGUGAUAUAGAUUUUAGAUAUAUAUUUUUUGUGAUGUGAUUUGUUUUAAUGUGGAUUUUAACCAGCGGCAUUUUGUGAAAGUAACACCGAGAUUUUUCUAUCAAAAGAUCAAUUACCGAAUUACUUUUUUAACAUUAUGAAGUUGAAUUUAAUUAUUCAGCUUUUAAUCAAUUAACACAUGUUUUAACACCUUAUAAAAUGUGAAUUAAGUUUUCCAACUGAUAUGAAAUAUUUAAAUGGUUCUGAUUCAAAUCUGUAUCACAUAAGGUUUUUAAAUAAAACAAAACCAAUAACAAAAUUGCAAAAAUAAUUAAAAAAAGAGAUUCAUUACUCCUUUAUUUUCUAGAAUAUUUAUCUUUAAAACUAUUUCGUCUGUUUACGUUUAUAAUCAGCUGUAGGACGGUCAACAGUAGUCUGUCAUUAUUUUGACUUCCCAACGCCCCUGAUAGCCUUUCCACCUUUUUAAUGUCUUGAUGAAAUCGCUCACAUUGCUCUUCACUGACAUCACCGAGAUUAACCGGAAUAGUCAAGAAAGUGAAUUUUUCAGAUCAUAUUACAACCAGCAUGUUUUCAAUAAUACUUUUUAAAUAAUCUGUAGUUACUUCUUUUAAAUGUCUCCAUGCUUCUUUUAUUAUCUUUCUGCACAACCAUCUCAAUUUUGUAAACUUUCUUAUUUGUGGCCCAACAAAAACGCAUUUCUUUCGUUUAGCUUUAGAUAGAUCGGACAUCCGGAAACGUUUCAUACAAGAAUGUAAAAUAACCACCAUUUUUGUCUUAAGCUAAAUUGUUUUAUCAAUCCCAAAUUUUAUAUGAAGUGAGUAAUAUAAUUUUCUUUUUAUCAACUAGUCUUUCCCAACUUACAUUUGGAGCUUGGAUUAAAUUUUUUCUGGGUGGAAAUUUUUUUGUCCAUUGCUCGUUAAAUAAACCUUUGGUAUGACCGGAUUGUUAACUUAAAAUCAGUUUUACAAUUUAAAGGCCGCCAUAGUAUCUGGUCUAAUAAGUAUCCAGUAGGUAUAUUAUUUUAAACAAUAUAUAAAAAAAAAUA